ACACUGCCACAGAGGCUCUGGUGGGGAAGGACAAACAGCGGGGCGAGCGAAGGCCUGCCAAAGGGUGCGGUAGCUGGCCCUGCUGGACUACACCAGAAGUCCAUCUCCUUGCCUCAGGCACCUUCCUCCCGCCGCCGAGAAGAUGCCCAUUCAGAUCUUCUGCUCUGUGUCAUUCUCCUCUGAGAAGGAGGCCCCAGGACCCAUGGGGGACAUCUGGGGUCCUCACCACCACCGGCAGCAGCAGGACAGCUCAGAAUCCGAAGAGGAAGAGGAGGAGAAGGAGAAAGAGGCAGUCAAGAGGGAGCUUGAUGAGGGGGACUUGCCUAGGGACUUGGUGACCUUUGCCAACAGCUGUACCCUCCAUGGUGCCAACCAUGUCUUUGUGGAAGGGGGCCCAGGGCCAAGGCAGGCCCUGUGGGCAGUGGCCUUUGUCAUAGCACUGGGUGCCUUCCUGUGCCAGGUAGGGGACCGAGUCGCUUAUUACCUCAGCUACCCGCAUGUGACUUUGCUAGAUGAGGUGGCCACCACAGAGCUGGUCUUCCCUGCGGUCACAUUCUGUAACACCAAUGCUGUCCGGUUGUCCCAGCUCAGCUACCCUGACUUGCUCUACCUGGCCCCCAUGCUAGGGCUGGAUGAAAGUGAUGAUCCCGGGGUACCCCUUGCUCCACCCGGGCCAGAGGCUUUCUCUGGGGAGCCCUUUAAUCUCCAUCGGUUCUACAAUCGCUCCUGCCACCGGCUGGAGGACAUGCUGCUCUAUUGUUCCUACUGCGGAGGCCCCUGUGGUCCCCACAACUUCUCAGUGGUCUUCACACGUUAUGGAAAGUGUUACACAUUCAACUCAGGCCAAGAUGGGCGGCCGAGGCUGAAGACCAUGAAAGGCGGGACUGGUAAUGGCCUGGAGAUCAUGCUGGACAUACAGCAAGAUGAAUACCUGCCUGUGUGGGGAGAGACUGACGAGACCUCCUUCGAAGCAGGCAUCAAAGUGCAGAUCCACAGCCAGGAUGAACCUCCUUUCAUCGACCAGCUGGGCUUCGGCGUGGCCCCAGGCUUCCAGACUUUUGUGUCUUGCCAGGAGCAGAGGCUCAUCUACCUGCCCUCACCCUGGGGCACCUGCAAUGCUGUCACCAUGGACUCGGAUUUCUUCGACUCCUACAGCAUCACUGCCUGCCGCAUCGAUUGCGAGACACGUUACCUGGUGGAAAACUGCAACUGCCGCAUGGUGCACAUGCCAGGGGAUGCCCCAUACUGCACUCCAGAGCAGUACAAGGAAUGUGCAGAUCCUGCCCUGGACUUCCUAGUGGAGAAAGACCAGGAAUACUGCGUGUGUGAAAUGCCCUGCAACCUGACACGCUAUGGCAAGGAGCUGUCCAUGGUCAAGAUUCCCAGCAAAGCCUCAGCCAAGUACCUGGCCAAGAAGUUCAACAAAUCUGAGCAGUACAUAGGGGAGAACAUCCUGGUGCUGGACAUUUUCUUUGAAGUCCUCAACUAUGAGACCAUCGAGCAGAAAAAGGCCUAUGAGAUCGCAGGGCUCUUGGGUGACAUCGGGGGCCAGAUGGGGCUGUUCAUCGGGGCCAGCAUCCUCACCGUGCUGGAACUCUUUGACUAUGCCUAUGAGGUCAUUAAGCACCGGUUGUGUAGACGAGGGAAAUGCCAGAAGGAGCCCAAGAGGAGCAGCGCAGAUAAGGGUGUGGCCCUCAGCCUGGACGACGUCAAAAGACACAAUCCCUGCGAGAGCCUCCGGGGACAUCCUGCCGGAAUGACUUACGCUGCCAACAUCCUACCUCACCAUCCCGCCCGAGGCACAUUUGAGGACUUUACUUGCUAAGCCCCCGCAGGCCACUGUACCAAAGGCCUAGGUGGGGAGGGCUGGAAGAACAAGGGGCCCCCAGCUGCCCCCAUCAACCCUGGGGACUCAACUGCGCUCUAUGCAGCGGUUCCCUCGUCUGGUGAGAAAGGUCUUCACAGUAGUCCUCUCCCUGCCUCCAUCCCACCUUUUUAUUUUAACAAAGUUAAACUAAUAUAAAGAGAGAAAGAGAGAGAUCCAGCCGAGACCUCAGGCUGCCCCUCUCUGCUCCAUGCUGCCUCCCCUAGCUCCAAACUGAAUUCUGUCUGUCUGGCUAUCUGUCAUCUGAGUGUUCGCCUACAUUCUGCUGCCACCAGUCACCAAAGCCCCCUCCUAGUGAGGGGUGGAGGGGAUCUCUAGAGUCUGAAAUUUGACCCCAAACCAGAGAAUGUACCUUAAGGGAGAGCACUAGUGAGGGGGCUUCCCUAGCCUUAAGAGACUCUCAGCCCACUGACUCCCCACAAGCCCCGGUCUCCAGGUAAGAACUAAAUGCCCAGUUCUGCUCCCUCAAUCAUAUGGAAUCAUGGGGGGUACAGAAUUUCCUGAAGAAGUAGAGUGAGGCCUCCAUGUGGCCCUGGUGCUGUAGGCCACAUCCCCAUAUCUGUAAGUCACCUCCACCUCCAAGCAGCUGGAGAGAAAUUCUCAGAGGCAGCCCUCUUCUCCAUCCGAUAAAAGACCUGGCUGGUUAGCUUCCAGCUCAGGGAGCGGGGUCCUGGAGCCUGACCUCCCUGGCUUCUCUCUCAGAGGCCUUUGCAGAGGGCCACAUCCAUAAAUUUUCUUAUGGAACGCUCCUCUUCCCCAGCUUCAUUUGCUUCUCCUGGCAAUCUCGUCUGCAUUUUCUAUUUCUAUAAGAUACAGACUCUAUAUUGCUAUAUCUCUGUAUAUACCUUCCUCUCACCCUGUUUGUCUCCACCCCAUCCCCUCUUGUCUCUGAGAAUCAUCCUCCCACCUCGAAUUCUCCCCAUUCCGCCCCACCCCGUCUCUGAAUGCCUUUGCCUGUAUAAAGAGUUGGACUCCCCCUGGUGUCUGUACUGUGUACACACAUCCCUUUGAGAAGCACAAGGAGACGACACGCGCAUUGUAACCUUCGCACUGUCUCGGUGGUGACAUAAAGGAAGCUGUGAAUUACAAGCUCUGCCUCUUUCUGGCCUCGCCCUUGGCCCCUGCAACAGGGGAACCCUCUGCCCUCCCCACAGCCUUAACACACCCUCUUCCUAGCUCCAUCUAUCCCAAUGCCCUUAGCGCGGCUGAUGGUGGCCUUUCCAGGGAAGGGAUUGCUGCAGAGGUGACACCUACCCAGGAACGGAGCUAUGCUGGACACUAAGCCAAGAGUGUUAGAGACAGAGGGAGCUCAGAAUUGGUGACUCUUGCAGCUGGGGCAGUGGGUACCCACAGACAGAAGCUGAAGUCCUCAUUCAGUGACCUUUCUCUCCUCUGGGUGCCCAGUGCCCCUUCCUCAAUUUGAUGACCAGGCCCACUGCUUGCAUUUUCUGGUGAGGCAGGGUUUGGUCACGUGAGGAGAAAGACAGACCUAGAGAGGGAGUUGAAAGCUCUGCUGUUGUAUGUAUGUCCCUACCUUACGGGGCCACAAGUAGAAGUAGAGGGCAUCCCCACCCCUACCAGGCACUCUUCCCAGGCCAGAGACUCAAUCCUUUUCCAGGCCUUCUCUGCCCCACUGUCUCCUGGUCUCUAAUCCCAAAACAGGACUUGUGGGCAGAUCGCCUGUGUGUGUUGGCCUGGAGCCAGAGAGAGAGAGGUACAGCAUCUUUGAGAACUCUUGGUUCCCAAGAUUUCUUUAGCCAUCAGACCUCCCCUGAAGGGAAGGGCAAAACUGGGAGGUGUGCCCUGGCUGGGGGACGGCAGGCGGGGCUCCGGGUGCCGCAUGUCUCUGGUCUAAUAAACUGGGUUCCAACCA